AUGGAGGAAAGUUGUGAAGGUUUCUCCUUGCUUCAUCUUGCAUGCCGUGUCUCAGAUGUUGGGAUGGUUGAAUUACUAUUGCAGUAUGGCUCUAGUGUAAAUAUGACUGAUUCAAAGGGCCGGACACCCCUUCAUCACUGCAUUUUGAAAGGAAGACAUCAGCAUGCCAAGCUUCUCCUCUCCAGAGGGGCCGAUUCACAAGCGAUGGAUCAAGAUGGUAGAACAGCAUUACAGUAUGCAAUUGACGGUGGAACAAGCGAUGAAGAUAUUCUUAUUUUUGCUCCCGCUGACUCACCCCCAUCCCUCCCCUUCACUCCCAUCCUUAUCACCCCCCUCCCCCUCCCUGCAGGCUGCUGCUCUCCACGGCUCUACCUCCGCGGCGUCGUCAACAUCAGACGCCAAGCUAAUAAAGGCACCACGCGACUGACAGCCGGCCGGACACGUGAAGCAUAUGGGCGUGGUCUGCUGCUUGCCGGCGUUGCGCGAGACGGGCAGCAAGCAAGCGUGGAUCGUCCCGGAGAAAACUCCGCCGCCGCCGCCGCUGCUCAGAGCGGAAGCCACCGUCGCGGGAGGCCUCCGGGCCAUGGAGACCCAGCUGAGUCGGCGGCAGGAGGAGGAGGAGGGGAGCUCGGCGGCGGCGGCGCGUGGUGGCCCCGGCGGCUGCGGGAGGAGGAGGAGCGCGCCGUCAUCGUCGCGGCGCUCGCGCACGUCAUCGGCGCCGGGCGGCGGCAGCAGCAGCAGCAGCAGCCCGCCGCGGCGGCGCACGACGUCAUCGCCGAGCAGCCGGCGGCGGCCGUGCUCGGGCACGACGGGCAGCAAGUGACGCACCAGCAGUCCGGCUCAGGCGCUCGUCCAUCGGCGGUGGCGACACCGGAGCGGCUGCUGCCGCGGCCGCGGUACCGCGGCGUGCGGCAGCGGCCGUGGGGCAAGUGGGCGGCGGAGAUCCGGGACCCCGUGAAGGCGGCCCGCGUGUGGCUCGGCACCUUCGACACCGCCGAGGACGCCGCGCGCGCCUACGACGACGCCGCGCUACGAUUCAAGGGCGCCAAGGCGAAGCUCAACUUCCCGCCCGCCGCCUUCCGCCAAGGCCAACACGCCGGCGUCGCCGUCGCCGUCGCUGCCCCGGGCCCGGGCCACCACCACCACGCCGCCGCCCACCUCCUCCAUCAUCGAAAGCAAUUGGCCGGGGCAGCUUCGACGUCGUCCACAAGCCGUCGUCCGGGACCGGGACCCCUCCACCAUCUGCAGGGCGCUACUGCGCCGGGGGCCGCCGCCGCGGGCGCAGCCGGUGGUGUUCGCGCCCACCAGGUGUCGUCGGAGUUCCCGGACCUCAGCCAGUACGCGCACAUACUGCAGAGCGGGGACCUGGACCUGCUGGCCGUCUCCGGCGGGCUAACGCCGGGGCAGUCGGCGUCGUCGGCAACGACGGCGGCGUCAUCGUCGUCGGCGCCACCGGAGGAACCGCCGCCGCCACGGCGAGAACCAACCACCUAGCUAACGCUAGCAACUAACAUUAGUGAAAUACACAUCAGCAAAGCCCAGAUCAGAGCCGUAGGAGAGGUUAUUAGGCAGCUGAGAUGUACACACAUGUGCAGGAAAAUCCUGGUGUAGAUUAACAUAUGUGCAUGAUCAAUGAGACGGUGAUACGACGCAGCCA